GAAGAAGACGAAGAAUAAGAAGAAGCAGAAGAAGAAGUAGUAGCUGUUUCGAAGAAAAGUUGUUUAAAAAUGUUAUUUACAUCACGCUUUUAAGCGCAGUGCGCUUCACUAGCUCUACUUUUGUCAUCUCGUCCGAAAAAGUGGCAAAUACCGGGGUUAGCUAAAGCUAAUCGUCGUUAUGCGCUAACCGGCGGCUCAGCCAUUCAUCCUUAAUACCGGCGCGGCCUGCGAAGCCGCGGUGUCACGUAAGCAGCUCCUACCGAGGGGGGUGACACGGAAAACACACAGAGGUGCAUAUUCCACAGUUUGGGGGCGUACUUAAAGAGAAGAGAUGGAGGCUCCCCCUGUCGCUGUGAUGCCCGUCACUGUGGGCACAAUCAACAUGAUGGAGUAUCUGUUGCAAGGCAGCGUUUUAGACCAGGCCCUUGACAGUCUCCUACAUCGCCUCCGAGGUCUAUGUGACAACAUGGAGCCCGAGACCUUUAUGGAUCACGAGCUAGUAUACCUUUUGAAAGGCCAACAAGGCAACCCAUUUAUCCUACGUGCCCGGCGAUCCCUGUCGCACCCUACAGUGCCGUGGCACCUGCGUUACCUGGGCCAACCUGAGGUGGGUGACAAGAGUCGCUACGCCCUGGUGCGUAACUGUGUGGACGUGGCUGCCUCACACACCCUGCCAGAGUUUCUCAACGAGAUGGGCUUCCGUAUGGACCAUGAGUUUGUGGCCAAUGGGCACAUAUUUCGGAAAGGUGUGAUGAAAAUUGUGGUUAGCAAACUGUCACGGAUCCUGGUACCAGGGAACACAGAGAAUACAGAGCGCCUGUCAUUAUCCUACUUGGUGGAACUGAGUGUGUUGGCCCCCGCUGGUCAGGACACUGUGUCGGAGGACAUGCGUAGCUUUGCUGAGCAGCUCAAGCCCUUGGUUCAUCUAGAGAAGAUUGACCCUAGCAAACAGAGACAUUGAGAAAAGGUCACGAGGUCUUCUUGGGUUUCCUCAUGCUAUCAUGGAUGAAUCUGACAUAUCCUGAUGUAUGAGUCUUUUUUUUUUUCUGCCUUCAGACAGACUGUAACUCGAGUUAAACUCUCUUGGUAGUGAAGCUAAUGUUCUCAAAAUUCUCAUGCAAACUGGAAAAACCUAUCAGUAGACGUUUGGCUUAAGACUUGCUAUGCUGGUUAUUUCAGCUUUUGAGUUAAAACAAAACACUCUUGCUGGUCACUAGAGAUUUGUGUCUGUUUCAACUAAAAUUGGAGCUGAGCAGUUGAGGGAACAUAAUUGUUUUUUCACCCAGCGUGCAAUUUCUAGGUAGAAAGGCUGGAAUUUGUACAGGUCUUACCUGAAUAGAUCACCUAAACUUGCUAAAAAAUUAAGCCUGUCAAGCAUCCCCUGAAGCCGGUUAAACAUAUUCAGCUUUGGUAACUGUAGCGAGGAUAUUUGUAAGUAUGGCUUAUUCUUCUUUGGAGUUUAUUGAUUCUCUGACUAACAGGGAAACGAUAGAGUAUUGCUGUAGUAAAUCCAAGGAGAGAUUAAUAACUAAAAUACAUAAAAAAACCACCACAAUGCUUUGAAGGGCAGUAAUGAAGUGCCGUCGGCAUAGAUCGGUUGAUCGUUUGCUUAUCAAGGUCUUUUUUCUUUUAAAAAAAAAAGUGAUAUUGACCCUGAGCCUUUUCCUUUCUUAUUCUUCUUUUUCAAAUAUUUUUCUUAAGUUUAUUAAAAAACA